GUGAUGACGCCCGUCCGGGGCGGUGAAGAGGGAAAAUGGCGGCGCCCAUGGAGGUGGCCGUGUGUACGGACUCAGCGGCCCAGCUGUGGAGCUGCGUCGUGUGGGAGCUGCACUCGGGCGCUAACCUGCUCACGUACCGCGGCGGCCAAGCCGGGCCUCGCGGACUGGCGCUGCUCAAUGGCGAGUAUCUGCUGGCGGCGCAGCUGGGCAAGAACUACAUCAGCGCCUGGGAGCUGCAGAGAAAGGACCAGCUUCAGCAGAAGAUCAUGUGCCCUGGGCCUGUGACCUGUCUCACCACAUCGCCCAAUGGCCUGUACGUGCUGGCAGGGAUCGCAGAGAGCAUAUACCUGUGGGAGGUCUCCACAGGGAAUCUCCUGGUCAUCCUGAGCCGCCACUACCAGGAUGUGUCAUGCCUGCAGUUCACAGGGGAUAGCAGCCACUUCCUCUCAGGGGGCAAGGACUGCCUGGUGCUGGCCUGGAGCCUCUGCAGCGUGCUGCAGGCAGACCCCUCCAGGACCCCCGCCCCCCGGCACGUCUGGUCUCGCCACACCCUCCCCAUCACAGACCUGCACUGCGGCUUUGGGGGGCCCCUUGCCCGGGUGGCCACUGCCUCACUGGACCAGACAGUGAAGCUGUGGGAGGUCUCCUCGGGCGAGCUGCUCCUGUCUGUGCUCUUCGACGUGGGCAUCAUGGCUGUGACCAUGGACCUGGCUGAGCAUCACAUGUUCUGCGGUGGCAGCGACGGCUCCAUCUUCCAGGUCGACCUCUGUACCUGGCCUGGGCAGCGAGAGAAGAGCUUCCAGCCGGAGCAGGACAGCGGGAAGGUGUUCAGAGGGCACAGGAACCAGGUGACCUGCUUGUCGGUGUCCACGGAUGGCAGUGUGCUGCUCUCAGGCUCCCACGAUGAGACCGUGCGACUCUGGGACGUGCAGAGCCAGCAGUGCCUCAGGACCGUGACCCUCAAAGGCCCGGUGACCAACGCCACCAUCAUGCUGGCGCCCAUCAGCAUGCUGAGCUCCGACUUCAGGCCCAGCCUGCCCCUCCCCCACUUCAACAAGCACCUGCUGGGUGCCGAGCAUGGGGAUGAGCCGCACCACGGGGGCCUCACGCUGCGCCUGGGCCUCCACCAGCAGGCUCCUUCUGUUUCAGGGGUCAGAGCCCAGCUAUCUGGAGCGGGCAGAGCAGCUGCACUCCGUGAUGUGCAGCACAAUGGAGAAGAACGUCCUGGGCGGCCAGGACCAGCUGCGGAUCCGCGUGACGGAGCUGGAGGAUGAGGUGCAGAAUCUGCGCAAGAUCAACCGAGAUCUGUUUGACUUCUCCACGCACAUCAUCACACGGCCAGCCAAGUGAGCCCAGCCGAUGGCCUAGGACGGCGCCCGUGGGGUUGCAGCCAGGCCAGCAGAUCCCAGGGCCAGUGUCUUAGCUUGGACGUUCACUCCAACCAGAAGUCUCCGUCCCUUGUUGACCCACUGUCCUGUCCUGACCUGCCUUGUCAUGUUGGUGCUGUUCUUUUUCUAACAAAAGACCUGAAAUCCUCGCA